AUGGUCGACGUCCGCAGUGCUAGGAACCGGUGCGGCAGUUUUGGUUCUGCUCUAUAUCUCGUGGUGUACUGGCUCUACCUUGGUCCACUGGCCGAAAUUUCUAUACCAAAGCUGGCGAUGCUAUCAAGCUGGUACGAAGCAUACUAUGAUCUGGUCAGCGAGGGCCACGGCGGCCAGUUCGUCUUCCAGGUCAAGCGGUUGCACGAAGCACGGCCCCAUAGUGCGGGUCGGCCCGAAUGA